UACCGGACCUAUGUAGUGUACUGCAGCAGCGCGACUAACCGGAGGGCGCUGCUCACUAACACUAGUCAUUUUAAUCCGGAUUAGAAAACGCUCCUGCUAAUAAAAUUGAAGAAAGCGAGAUGAGAAACUUUAGACUUAUUUUUUUACAUCCUGACCCAAACCGGACGUGAAUAAACAGCUCGCGAUGGUCUGAAUAGUCUCUGGGUAUCCUCCUCUAGGAUAGUCGGUGUCUCGUCGAGGGAAACGUGUGCGCGAGCCGAAACCGGACGUUUCUCUCUUAACCCUGACUAAAAGACAAGUGAUGAACUGAGUCCUGCAGCGGUUACAUGAGCCUAACUUGACUCAAACGAGCAGUGAAGAAAGUGUGUGUGUGUGUGUGUGUGUGUGUAAGAGGAUCAUACGUCUGCGCUCGCGUGCACAGGGAUGCUGCAGCAAAGGACCUUAAUUCUCUAAAUGACCUGCUUCAGAGAUACACACAAUAUCCUCUCGCUUCUUCUUCUUCUCACACCUGUGAAGAUGAUUAGAAAAAGAAAUUAGAAGGAAAUAAGAUUUGGGUUAACUACAUGGCUCGAAGUGAUGCUGACAUUCAGCCAGUAUUAACUUUUUCAGCAGUUUGGACUACAGUAGCUCUUCUGUGGGACUGGACCUGACAGGCUAGCGUCUGCUCCCCACCAGCAUCAUCAUCAAUUCUGUCUGAGCUGCUGUUCUGACCAAUCAGAAUUGAGAACUCAACAGUGCCGUGCAGUGCUUUUGCCAUUGGUGGAGAGAAUGACCUUGCCUAGAGACUUUAGUUCCAGCCCUUUGCCCACCAGCCCAACAUCAUCCCAACGCAUACAUGCACACUAAAUGCAAUCAUGGAAGACAGUGAGCUCUGCCUGGACCCUGAUGAAAAGGGUUACACAGUCACCUUCUCCAAAGAGAAAUCCCAAGGUAGAGGGAGCAAUUGGUCAGCACUCCACUCUUCUGCUUUCCACUUUCCACUCUCCUCUUCCACCCCCAGUGCUCUAGAUGAGCUCUCCAACUCAACCCUUGGCAUCACUGCUGCUCCCUCCUCUAUGAGCUGCAUCAUCAAAUCCUCUUCAGCUUCCUCUGAUAAAGAGUCUAAAGAGUCUGCCUUGCUAAGGCCCAAUCCCAUGCUCAGCCUUGUUGAGUCUCUUUCCAUGGAGAUCUCACACAAAGAGUCUGAAUUCUGCCUCUCUAACUCUGACUCCAAACUGCAUCUGCAACCUUGGAAACAAUUGGGCCAGCAACCCACUGUGCAGGAUGCAGAACCCUUGCCCAGGACAGUGCCAUCUUCUCCCACGGAGUCCCGCCCAAACCUAAUGAGCUCCGGCAGCUUGCUGAUGGCUGAACUGGAAGACAAGCGCCGCAAACUGUCCGAGGUCAUGCAGGAACCACUUAGUAAGCUCAGCAAGAUUAUUGGAGAGGACAGUGGCAGCCCUAAGUCACAGAAAGGUGACUCGCCUUCAUCCCAAGGUAGUGCUGCAGGGGGUAUACCUGUUCAGAGUGAGGAUGAAGCUGGAGGAUGGCAGAAGGGGAAUGAGAGUCCACUUGGAGUGUGUGAAACGCCACUAUGGAAGCCAAGGAGAAAACUGACACCAAGCUUUACUCCUGAGACCUGCUGUAAGAUAGGCAGUAAGAGCAGUUGCUAUGAAAUCUGCACUUAUGGUGAUGUCAUGCAAGUGCUGGAAAUUCAGGAGCAUUCUGGCAGAACAAUGGUCAAAGGCCCAGAGCAGAAGGGUGUCAAAAUACCACCUGCAAAGUAUACCCCCUCCUCAAACCCAGGCAGAUGGCUGGUAUGUGUGGGUUUGCUGGCUUACAGCUUCUUUGUGCUACCACUGUCUUCCUACGUGACAGGAUUGUCUCUAGGACUGGCUUGUGGAUUCAUGCUAGGCCUGAUAAUGGUAAUGAUGCUAGCACCACAGCGACCUGCUGCUUCUGAGAUGCCCAUCUCUUUCCCUACUGACAGCCUGCUGAUGGAGUCAAUAGGAACUGUGCUGAGAGAGACAACAAAGAGAGAGCUCCAGGGCUGGAUGAAUGAGAUGUACAGUUAUGACCCAGAGACAUAUCACCCCUCUUUGUGCCACUCUGUCUAUGUCACUUUGGAUGGAUGUCAUCUACGCCUGGCAUACCCACGGGUCAACAUCCCACGGCAAGCCACCUUCAAUGAGCCCACCCAUGACACUACAUUUGUGCGCACACGCUGUUUCCAGCUAUCCAAUAGCAAGGUGUCUCUGGUGCCGGCAAUCUUGGCCAAAAAGAGGGUCUGGAAUAGGAAAUAUCCUAUCUGCAUUAUGCUGGCUGAAGAAGAGCAGUGUGUAGAAGAAGAGCAAGUCAGUGAGGCAGCAGAGGCAAAGAGGGAAAGAGCAGAAAAACUCAAACAGCUGAAGAAGGAAGCAGACCAGACCACCACUCUGUACCUGUUUGGGCGUACUGGAAGAGAGAAAGAGGAAUGGUACCAGCACUUCCUGUUAGCUUCAAAAACCGAGAUCUACAGGGAAAAGUCAAAGUCAGAGGAGUGUAGUGCUGGAGGUUCUAGUCAAGGCAGCAAUGAUAACCUGGCCUCAAUGCUGGGUCUAAGAGAGCUGGCUGGCUCAAUGAAAGAAAAGAUUCUGAUGGACUACAACUCCUACAUGGAUCGCUUCAUUACAUCAGAUAGCUGUAGCCUCACGCCCAGCCCCUGUCACAGUGAGCCAGGCAGCCCUACUGACACAAAGAGGUUCUCCAGUGAUCCGGUAGCAGGGUGUGGAGAUCCGGCCUGGCUCAAUGCCGUGAUUGGGAGGAUCUUUUGGGAUUUCUUGCAAGAGAAGUACUGGGCUGAUCAGGUGGCACACAAGAUCCAGAAGAAGCUGAGCAAGAUUAGGUUGCCCUACUUCAUGAAUGAGCUGACGCUAACUGAACUGGACUUGGGCACAUGCCUGCCACAGGUGUUGAGUACAUCCAGACCUUCAGUGGAUCACAGAGGUCUGUGGCUGGAGCUGGAGGUUUUGUAUACCGGCUCUCUGCACAUGACUCUGGAGACUAAGAUGAAUCUGUGCAAGCUCGGCAGAGAGAGCUGCUCUGAGACUUACAGUAUCACUGAACCCAGCAGAACUGUGGGCACAAAGCCCAGGGUGUGUGUCAUUGCUGAUAGUGAUGAAGAGUCAUCCAGCGCAGGCUCAUCCGACGAAGAGGAGCUGAUGUCCUCUGAGCCCCAAGGACCUCUGGGAGAUAAGAGUAUACACUCUGGGACUGAGGGGCAUGGUGGAGGCAGCACAAGCAGGAAAAUUCUGCGUUUUGUGGACAAAAUUGCCAAAUCAAAGUAUUUCCAGAAAGCCACAGAAAACGAGUACAUCAAAAAGAAAAUUGCCGAAGUCUCCAAUACUCCCCUGCUGCUUAGCGUUGAAGUGCUGGAACUCUCAGGAACUCUAGCUGUCAACAUCCCACCACCCCCUACUGACCGAAUCUGGUACAGUUUCCGUGUUCCACCAAGGCUAGAUCUGCGAGUGAAACCCAUGCUGGGUGAGAGAGAGGUCACAUUCACUCAUGUCACUGAGUGGAUAGAGAGGAAACUGCAGUGUGAAUUUCAGAAAUUUUUCGUAAUGCCCAACAUGGAUGACCUGUACCUGCCUCUUAUGUCUUCUGGGAUGGACAAUACUGACAUGUCUCAGAAUUUCUCAGGGGAAAGCCAGAAUCAACAGGAGUGUGGGAGCUCAGAGUAAGACACGGACAUGAAGGACAAAGAGGAAAAAAGCGAAAAUGUUCAAACUGUAAUGUGUGUGCCGUAUGUACAAUAUUCCAGGCACAUGAAUGGAGAAAUUGCUGCAGCUGGCUGAUUGUGUGUGGACAAAUAUGAGCUAUGUUGAGGCCCUUGAAAGUUCUAGGGGAAACAUAUACUAAUCAGAUGGAAAAAAAAACCCUGCUGAUUGUAGAGUGCUGUUUUUUAUGAAAAAAAAAUAUUAUUACCAUAAAUUAUUCCCACCUAAUUUUGACAUCAGAGCUGGGAAUAAAAUAAGGAAAGGAUAUUACUAUACGUCACACCUCUAACAUCCUGUCAUGUGUUUCCUUUUGACAGAUUCCCACAGCAUUUCUUUUUCUAUAGUGCAAUAUUACAUAUUUUUAAAUUUACAUUUCUGUAUGUUUUUAUUUUUUAACUAUUUUUAAAUAACAUGCUACUCAUAAUUUAACAACAAGAAGAAGAACAGAAAAUGUGAGCUGGGGAGCAGAUUGAUGUAUUAAAUAUGUGUUUUAGCCCUGCAUGUGAAACUAUAUACAGAAUUCAGAAUAUCAGGACCGUAAAAGACCUUAAAGGAAGCCUUUUAUUAUUCAUUCAUGAAUGCUUAUUAGUAGAGGAAAGGCAAAGCAUGUCACAAAGUCUCCUCGGCAGGCUCAGAUGCUUUUCUCAGCAGGUGUUUCUUCUGAGGGCCCUGAAGGAGGAAGAGAAAAUAGAGGAUGAUCACAGGGACCACAGUGUUGUUUUGUCUUUAAAUACAUCAAGAUCUCUGUUUAUUUGAAUGGUAGACUAUAUUUACUUGAAUUUAUUUACAGCUGCACUGAGGUUAUUAAUCAUAAAUCCUAAUUGACACUGUAACAAUUGCCUGGUUUAUGGUUUUUAAUUACCAUGAAGGCAAACUUCUCCUGAGCUGUCUGGAAGCGGCCAUGACCAAACUUGGACGUGGUGUCGAUAAAUUUGAGGUCAAUAGAUUCCUUGUACUUGCGUGUGGUUUGCACAAGCAGGGACUAAAACACAAACAGGUAAAAGUCAUAUCAUGUAAGGAGUAAAGCAUGAUGGAAUGUGGCUUACUUUCCCAAUAACGGCAUGUUUCAUAGUGUUCUAUUCCUCACAGCUUUUACUACAUAUCAUAUUUUAAUUCAUUCACCGUUACAUUUAAAGUUGUGGAAUGUCCAGAAAGAGCAGUCAUUCAUAUUAAAAGAAAGUAGCUGGUCAGUGGUUAAGUGGUCGGUCUACUGAUGGGAUGAUUGCAAGUUCAAUCCCAGGACCACCAAGUUGCAACCACUGGGCCCCUGAGCAAGGCCCUUAACCCAUAACUGCCCAGGUGUAUAAAUGAGAUCAAUUACUCUGAAUAAGGCGGUCUGCCAAAUUCUGUAAAUGCACUGCUACUUAGGAUUCAUUCCAAAACGCUAAAUAAAUGC